CACAAUCCCUUUACUCCCAAUGAUGGAGUUGCAGAAUCUGCACUCUCUAGCCCUUAUAAUUUCUUCUUCAUAGACUCUCUCUCUCUCUCUCUCUCUCUCUACUUUCUCUCUCUUCUGUCUGUUUGAGGCAGUCAUGAGUCUUUGUACUUUUUUCCCAGAAAAAUCCCACAACUAUCCCAAAAGGGUGAGAGGCCAUGAUGGUCUGAGCAGAUUGGCUCCUUUCUUUGUCACAUUUCUAGCCACAUGCACCAUUUUCAGCUUCUUCCUAUUCUAUUCUCCAAACCCUUUUUUAAUUUCUCCCAAACAGGCCCUUAACAAUCUCAAUUCUCUUCCAAACCAGGCAUCCAUUCAUGCAGCACAAAAAGACCAUCAAGCCCCUGAUCACACUACCAUCAAGCUCCUCCCCCCACCAAAGGAGGAGGAGGAGUGUGAUUUGUUUAAGGGGCAGUGGAUUCCGGAUUCGAGAGGAGCAAUGUACACGAAUUCGAGCUGCGCCACGAUUCCGGAAUCGAAAAAUUGUUUCAGAAACGGGAGGAGGGACAGUGAUUUUCUGAACUGGAGAUGGAAACCGGACAAGUGUGAGCUUCCGCGGUUUGAUCCGAAAACGUUUUUGGAAAUUGUUCGGGGAAAGAGAAUGGCGUUCGUCGGCGACUCGGUCGCGAGGAACCAUGUCGAGUCUCUUAUCUGCCUCUUGUCACAGGAGGAAAACCCUAAAGACAUUUACAAGGAUUCUGAAGACCGGUUCAGGACAUGGUACUUUCCUCGGUACAACUUCACCCUCAUGAAAUUAUGGUCCAAAUAUCUCAUAGCUGCAGAAGAGAAGAUGGUUAACGGUUCAGGAUCCGGCGUUUUUGAUUUGCAACUAGACAAGGUCGACGACGUAUGGGCAGACCAGCUCCCGGAGUUAGACUACGCUAUAAUCUCAGGCGGGCAUUGGUUUUUUCGUCUAAUGUACCUACACGAAGGUGACAAACUCACCGGAUGUGUCUAUUGUAACAAACCUAAUGUCACCGAAUACAACAACAGCCACGCCCUGCGCAUGGCGUUUCGAGCUACAUUCAAGUACAUAAAGGAUUGCAAAAACUGCAAGGGAGGCCUCUUGACCUUGUUGAGGACAUUUGCGCCGGCACAUUUUGAGGGCGGGGCUUGGAACACCGGGGGAUACUGCAACAGAACAAGUCCUUUGAGCGAGGGGGAAGUUGAUUUAAAACGUUUCGAUUGGGAGCUGAGGAGCAUUCAGGUUGAGGAGUUAGAAAGAGCAAGAAAAGAAGGGGAGAUGGAGGGGAGGAAGUUUAGGGUUUUGGAUAUAACCCGAGCCAUGCUUAUGCGACCGGACGGGCAUCCCGGAGAUCACUGGGGAAACAAGUGGAUGAAGGGUUACAACGACUGUGUGCACUGGUGCAUGCCAGGCGCUGUUGAUUAUUGGAACCAUUUUUUGAUGGAGAUUAUCCGAAACGAGAGAGGAUUAGUUUCUUAGUUGAGUGUUUAGGGUUUAGUUAGAACAAAAUUCAUACAAAUUCGUAUCUUAAUAGUUAAUAAUGCCCUAUUUUUUUUUACUUUGUUUUUAUUACAAGGGCGUAUAUUAAUUUUAGUUCAGAGAUAUAGCUUGGGCUCGGAUUUAUGGUUGUGGUGGGUCGGAUCCAUAUCCCACCGCUCGUUUUCCACGGUAGUUGUGCGCUACUCCGCUGACUAUGAAUAAGCCGUCUUACUUGACUUGAUCUAUGGCGGUUCCUCCUCCCAUGGCUGCUAUAGAUCCCUCUAGAAGUGGUUUUGUCCUCACCACGAAGACUUGCAGAUUGAUGGUUCCAUUCUCAGAUUAGGUAGUUUUUCAUUUUAGCCUGGCAGGUUGUGUUGUAUUGCUUCGACAAGUCGUUUGUGGCCUCGUUCUUGCGAUGGCUUUUGUAGCCUUGUUCUUGCCAUAGCUUUUGUGGCCUUGGUGCAAGGUCUGUUACUUCUGCCAUCAUUGUGGCAGAUCUUUACCAAUGGCUUAUGGUUCGUGUUGUUGUGAUGUGGUUGCCUAGUAGGGGUUUUCCUUAUUUGUCAAUUUGGACGGAUUUAUCUCCAUAUCAAAAUGUUUAGUCACUGGAGAAAUGUACCCAUCUGGCACCUCUAUUGUAAUGUUUAGUUGUAUGUAUUUGUUCUGAUAAAUUAAAUUCUCUACGUUUUUGUAGUGU